AUGGCUGCUCCUCGCUCUACCUCCAUGAGGGCUCUCCGCUCUCUCUCUCAACAACCUCGUCGCUCUCUACACAUCACUGGUGCCUACUCUGCGCAGCACGCUACAGGACCAGAUGUCACCACCGUCUAUCUCUCCAGAACUCUCGCAGACCUCAGAGCAGAGUGUCAAAAACGAAAUCUCGGUGCUGCCGGUAGUAAAUCAGAGCUCGUUGAUCGCCUCUCAAAUCAUGACGUUCUCCAAUCCCGCGCAUUCAGCAUCGCCAUGAAGCGCAUCGACCGUCACGCCUUUGGCCAACAACCUGCCUCUAGACCCUUCAACACAUCCCGCGCCAACAGGUCGCCCCAGGACUCCUCCCCCAUCGACCUUGCCUACAUGCCUAGCUUAGAGUCCAGCACUGGCGGCCAGACAAUGCCUCGCAUCCCUACUCCACCAGACUCCUACACUCACUAUGACAUGGCUCCGUCAAGUGCCGACGUGAUGAAGCCCCAGAUCUACACCGUCAGUAAUGACAUGGGUUCCAACGGGCCCAGCCCCAUGAGCGAGGUUGUAGAUAACCAUGCACUGGACUUCAACCCGUUCAACCUCACAGAGGCCGUCAGCAGGUCCAGAGACGGUGCUAGAGCCAGUGCCGCCGGUCAGGAGACUCUAGGCGGUGUGGUGAAGGAUCUGUGGAAAGGGAUGUUAGACGACGUCAAGGGAACGAGUCGGAGUAUAUCCAAAUAA